CAAUCUUCUUUCACUUUCGAUAAAAGCGAGAGGUUGAAGGAGGAAGACAGAGAGAGGAAGACAGACAGAGGAACGCAUAAAGCCCGAGACUCGCAGCUGAAAUUCCAUAUAGACCCCGAGUGUUGAAUUUAAUGUAAAACAUCCUCUAGAGCUGCCUAAUUCCAGCUGUGGUGGUUGUGUUUCCGGUUGAGCACUAGAAUAAAAGGAAGUCCUAAAAAUCACCUGGAGACAAACUGUGAUUCCAAGGAUAAUCAAAAUGAGCAUUCAGGGACAGGAACAGGUGGAGAAGAAGUACAACCCUCUGGAUAGCACCCUGAAGUUUGUCAAGAGGAGGAACGACUUGGAUCCAAUGUGUGAUGAUGAUGAUGACUGUCUCAAAGCAGAGAUGUCCUGCGGCCACGCUGUCACUCCGGACUCUCUCACACUUUGGUGUAGCAGCCAGCUGAAAGAGGGUAAUUACAAAUUCAGAUGCCCUGCAGUGGUGGAAGGGACCACACAGUGUAAUAAACUGUGGUCGUACCAGGAGGUGCGCAGACUGGCUGACUUGUCUGUCGAGGAAAUGCAGCACUUUGAAGAGACCAUGGCUCGCCUGGCUGCUGCAGAAUACUGUGAAAUGCAGCCAUGCCCAAAGUGCAAAACGAGCGUGGAGAGGAAGGACUUGUCCAACCUGUGUGUGCGGUGCCCCAUAUGCACAGCUGAUCAGAAGAAGACCUACCAGUUCUGCUGGCAGUGUCAGAGGCAGUGGAAAGGUCCAGGACCUCGCUCUGACCGCUGUGACAACGACGGAUGCAUCAACCACGACCUCGAGCUCCUCAGGAACUGCAAGACCACUGCCCUCUUUCAUGUGAAGGGGGUCGUUGCAUGUCCCUCCAUCCGGGCCUGUCCCACCUGUGGUCAGAGAGCGGAGCAUGACAGAACGGGCUGUAAGAACAUAAUCUGUCCUCGCUGUCAGGUCGAGUUCUGCUUCGUGUGUCUGAAACUCACUCGUAAGUGCCUGAGGACGAGCUCUUACUUCUUACCCUGCAGUGAUGGUGUGGCUCCCAGACAAACCUCCAUACCUGUUUGGCGCAGAAAAUAAGAGUCUGCACACAAUCACUAGCCUACUCAUGAUGUAGCUUACUGCCUUCUUCUGUCACACUGUACUGUUUCUCUUUGAUUUUAAUUUUCUAUUUUAGGAUUCUUUGAAACACUCGGCUUAUUUGUUCAUUCCAUAGUGAGCAUUAAAAUAUCUGAUGCAUAUUCUCAUAAUGUUGUAUAAUGCAUUGCUUGUACUGUUGCCACUGAAGGACUGGUCAUAGUAUAUCAUUAAUUACUGCAUCACUUAAUAAAGUUUCUCUUUACAUUAAUGCAGAAUGUCAAUUUAAUGUCUAACAAGCACAUGUAUGUGAAACAUUUAUUGUAUAGACAGGGUUAAACAACAACAAAAUAGUAACAUGUAAUAACAUGCAAUAUAAUAUCUAAAAUAUAAAAUAUUUUACAUAUAGAAAAACAAGUAGUGUAGCUGAAAAUUCAGUUGAGAUUUUUGCAGAUGUCCUGGGUUUAGAAGUUUGAUACCUGUAUUAGGAUACCUGUAUUGAGCUAAAGACAGUCUUUUAUAGGUUGAUCAUCUUGAACUCCCCCCUUGGCCCGUGCACAAAGAACAACAAUAUUUUCACUUUCAUCCUUUAAAAAUUAAAAAAACAUACGCCAACCACUCAUUUGUCAACUUUUGCU